AUGGCGUCCCAGGACGUUUCUCCGGCGGCCGCACUCGAGCCCACGCACGACUACGUCCCGAACCAAGGCUACGAGCCCGAAGCCGACGGCGGCGUGUCCCUCUCCGCCGCACCCCAGACCGAGCAAGCGCAACCGUCCGCGGAGGGCGAGAACGAAUUUUCGGACGGCGACGACUACGAUGACAUCUUCGAGGACGCCUCGGACGAGGAGGCGGACGACGACUUCGCCGCCGACGCCCUCGGCUCGGGCAACCCGAACGACUUCACGAAAUCGUACAACCGGCAGCGCAAGCUGAACGACCCGGCGAUCCCGGCCGCGUACAAGCCCAAGACGAACCCGCAAGGCGCGCCGCUCAAGCCGUCGGCCAACACCAAGGCGUCGAUUGACGACCAGAUCCGGUCGCUGUCGGUGCACGCGAGCAAGAUUAAGCUCGACGAGACGCGCUUCAGCGGCGGCGGGGGCAAGGCUAAGAACGAUGACGGCGGCAAGGACAGGGCAGACCGGGCGACGUCGGAGCAGGUGUUGGACCCGCGCACACGCAUGCUGCUGCUGCAGAUGAUCAAUCGCGGCAUCGUCAGCGAGAUCCACGGCUGCGUGUCGACGGGCAAGGAGGCCAACGUGUACCACGCGCUGUCCAUCCCGGACGACGGGGCGCCGCCCAUCCACCGUGCUAUCAAGGUGUAUAAGACUAGCAUUCUGGUGUUCAAGGACCGCGACAAAUACGUGACGGGCGAGUUCCGCUUCCGCGGCGGCUACAGCAAGAGCAACAACCGGGCCAUGGUCAAGGUGUGGGCAGAGAAGGAGAUGCGCAACCUCAAGCGCCUUCACGCAGCAGGCAUCCCCUGCCCGCAGCCGCUGUACCUGCGGCUGCACGUGCUGGUCAUGGGCUUCGUGGGCGACCGCAAGGGCUGGCCGGCGCCGCGGCUGCGCGACGUCGCGGCCGACUUUGGGCUGAGCGACGCCGACGAGAUCGAGCGCCGGUGGCGCGACCUGUACCUGGAGCUGCUGUCGUACAUGCGCCUGAUGUACCAGGUGUGCCGCCUGGUGCACGCCGAUCUGAGCGAGUACAACCUGCUCUACCACGAAGGCAAGCUCUGCGUCAUCGACGUCUCCCAGUCCGUCGAGCACGACCACCCCCGCGCCCUCGAGUUCCUGCGCAUGGACAUCAAGAACGUCGCCGACUUCUUCCGCGGCGGCGCCCGUGGCGUCGACGUCCUGCCCGACCGCACCGUCUUCGCCUUCGUCACCGACCCCGAGGCCAGCACCGAGAUGGAUGGCAUGCGCGAGACCCUCGAGGAGCUGUACAGGAAGCGGGCUGAGCAGGGCGCGGCGGAAGGCGAGGACGGUGUGAUUCGUGACGACGAGGUUGACAACGAGGUCUUCCGCAAGCAGUACAUCCCCCAGACUCUCGAGCAAGUCUAUGACGUCGAGCGCGAUGCCGAGCUCGUCGGCGCCGGCAAGGGCGACUCGCUCGUCUACCAGAACCUGCUCGCCGGCAAGAAGGACGGCGCAGCGGGGGCCGAAGAGGAAGAUGACGAUGAAGAUGAGGAGGGCUCGGAAGACGAUGAUGAGGAGGACAGCGAGGAAGAAGGUGGGAAGAAGGAGUGGCGUGAUAAGGGCCCGCCGCGCGGUAGGCGGUUCGAGGACAAGGAGGAGAAGAAGGCGCACAAGCAGGCCGUCAAGGAAGAAAAGCGCGAGAAGCGCAAGACCAAGAUGCCCAAGCACGUCAAGAAGAACCUUGUUAAGAACAGCGGAAGGGGGGGCAAGAAAUGA